AUGGCGGUGCGUCAAUGCAUAAGUCAGGUCCUCAAUGAUCUCUUACUGAAUGAGGUAUGGACUUCGACCGUUCUGUGUGAUGCAUAUAACUAA